CUGGACGCGUUUGAAAGACCUGCGAGUCCCGUGCGUGGUCUAUUUGUUAUCUCCAUCUGCACAUCUUUUUCUUUAUUUCUCUUUCGCUCCUUCUCCCUGACACCCCGCCUCUUGUCGCCGACCUCCUGCUCGUCACCCAACAUGAGCUCCACCUACAACAACAGGCCCCUCUACACCGCCAGGCCCCCUCCAGGUCUCAGGCGCAAGCUGUGGGACUGGUCAACCAGGUUUGAGGUCACCUUCGCCUUGAGUAUGAUGCAGCCCUGGGAAAAAGCGGUCAUUUGGACCACCCUCGCGCUCAUCUCACUCCUCUUCUGGUUCUCGCUCUACUCGUAUCUUCCCGCACACGUCACCUACCUCCAAAGGCGCUACGCCUACUACGUCUAUGGCGAUGAGAAUGUCGAGUUGGAUUGGUUUAUCGGUCGUGUCAAGGAUUUGGUUGGGACCCAGAUGUUGAGGGGUGCCGGGGAGGUGCAGAAGGGGAUGGGGAUGGCGAGGGGACAUGGUUUAGAGCUUUAG